AUAAUGUUUUCAAUUAAUCAAGGUUGCAAAAAUGCAAAUAAUAAUCUUUAAUAAUCGUGUAUGGUUUAUUGGUGUUCUUGUAUUUCUUGACCACUGCUUCAGUCGCUUUAGAUAGGAUCUAAAGUCAGCAGCUGCUCUUCGCUUUUCUUCAAUUUUCACUUGGUCUUCAUCGUAGAGCAUUGGUAGUUCAAGAAGUCUUCAGUCUUGACUUAUUGAACUUCGAUCGUCUGCUGUAAAGUGCAUUUACUAUAUUAUUAUGAUCUAAAGUAUUGAAUCUCUGAAUUUCAAACUUACUUAUUUUAAUUUAUAGUCUUGACUUGAAUCAUGAAUCAUCCUUUCAACAUAAAGAAAAGAGAUAAUAUAAAACUUAAAUUAUCUUACUUUUGUACCUCAAUUAAUACAUCAUUUAAAUUAUAAUCGAUGGUAAUAACUAAUCAGGUUAUAGAUUAAUGGUUCAGAGUUUUGAGAAUCGCUAAAAAAAUUAAGUGUGACUGUGGUGAUAAAAGCUUAUUGAAUCAAUACAAUAUUAAUAAUAAUUGAUAAUGACCUCAGCUUCAAGUACAAGUGCUAGAUCCCUUUUUGGUGAUUCAAAAAAUUUGUUGAGUGAACGGGUAAAGUUGAAUAUCAAUAAUAUGUCAUCAGUUAUCAAGCAAAUCCACAAAAGUUCAAAGAGUCAUGAUAUGUUAAAUCAAACGGUCAAAAAUCUUUCAUCUUUAGAAUCCAAUAUUGAUCGCACUGAACAUAACUUAAAUCAACUAAGAAAUGUUUCAACCAAUUUCAACCAACAAUAUGGAGAAUUUAAAAGAUCUAUACAUCUUAUUGAAGAAGUAAAAGAACAUGUUCAAACUAUGCAAAGAUAAAUAUACAAAUUCAAUUAAUUUUUAAAUAUAUGUAUAUUGUAUAUUCAAAUAUGUGAUUUUUUUUUUGUUUUGUGUUAAAAGUUGUACUAAUAAUAAUGUUAUAAAAACAACUUAAUUUCUUAAAUAUUUUGUAUUUUAGUUGUGUAUGUGGUAUGAUUUGUGGUUAUGUAAAUAUUUAUAAAUUAAUACCAAUUCAAUCAAAAUUACUUUUUUAAGAUAUUAAUUUUAUCAUUUACUUUACUUUUUACUUUUAUUUAUAAGUAAUAUAAUUAAUGUUAAAAAAUUGUGUCAAUAUGUGUUAUAUAUGUAAAUAUGUUAAGUAAUAUAAUUUAUAAAAGAAUAUUUAA